UUCUCUUUCUACAAAAAAAAAAAACUUUAUUUCUCUGUCAACAAUAUUACCUUUGAUAAAACUAUAGGUUAUAACAUUUUAUCCCAAAGUUUAUAUUUUUAUUGUUUUAUUUCUUGAAAUAACAUGGGGAGACAACCUUGUUGUGACAAAAAUGUAGUGAAAAAAGGUCCAUGGUCAUCUGAGGAAGACAAGAAGCUUACUAAUUUCAUCCUUAAUAAUGGUCAAUGUUGUUGGAGAUCUCUCCCUAAACUUGCAGGGCUAUUGAGAUGUGGAAAGAGUUGUAGAUUGAGAUGGACAAAUUAUCUAAGACCAGAUUUGAAAAGGGGACUUUUAUCAGAAUAUGAAGAAAAAAUGGUUAUUGAUCUUCAUGCUCAACUUGGCAAUAGGUGGUCUAAAAUUGCUUCUCAUUUGCCAGGAAGAACUGAUAAUGAAAUUAAGAAUCACUGGAAUACACAUAUUAAGAAGAAGCUCAAGAAAAUGGGAAUUGAUCCAACCACUCACAAUCCAAUAACUAGUGACCAGCCAACAAAAAAUCAACAAGAAACACAAAUUCCUAUAGGGGCAACAAUUAUAGAAAUCAAAUCAGAAGCAAAACAAGAAGAAAACAAGAACAUUGGUACGACGAUAACAACAAUAAUUACGCCUCAGUUUCAAACAAAUCUGAGUCCGCAAGAAAAUGAGAACAUUGGGACUUGUACAAAAAACAUCAACUCAAUUGAUGAAGUCAUGAAUGAUGACUUUUGUACUAAUGAAGUCCCCUUAAUUUCACCAAAUGAAAUUUUAGUCCCUCAUGAAUCAACAACAUCAUCAACAUCUUCAUUUUCUUCUCAAUCAUCCAUCAAUAUUCUUGAAGACUUUUUACCAAAUUGGCAAUGUGAUUUCAACAUGGAAAUUAGUUGGGCAGAUGAUGAUUUCAGAAGCACUUUGGAUUAUUUACUCAAUGAUGAUGAUGUUAGUGACAUGAACAACACCACCAUUUCCCAAGAUUGGUCACAAGUGUUGGAAGUUUGAGAUAACACACUAUUAUUAAAAAAAAAAACGUGAAUUUUCGACAAACAUUUCAUUAGAAAUGAAAAUUGAAAUUCACGUGUUUUUAGCGGUGACAGUUAUUGUUAUUAACUUUUCAAAGGAGAGCAAAAUUAAGCUCUUUCUUUUGAUUGGCCAGUCACUUUUUUUU